AUGCCAAAACGGACUCUUGAAGAAUUUCGAAAGGAUUAUAAUCUUAGCAACCGAAUACUACGACCCGACCCGGAUUGGGAAGCUGAACUAGACCGGGCGACGGAGGUAACCGAAGAAAUAGCGGCGAGGGUCAAAACAUACACCCAGGGGUUUAGGAAGAGAAAGAAAUUCAAACCGGACUGUUGUUGUCAGGAAGCAGUCACCAGGCCGGGUGUGGCGCCUUUGGUCGAACUGAACGAUGGCAAGCAAAUACCAAGCCUCGGAUUCGGCACUUGGCUAGGAUUCAGUAAAGAGGGUGGCUUGGAGCCGGUGGUGGAUGACAGAGUGCAGCGCGCCGUGGAGGCUGCCAUCGACGCGGGGUACAGGCACAUUGACACCGCAGCCAUUUAUGAUACUGAAGAACAGGUGGGGAAAGCGAUACAGAACAAAAUAGCAGAGGGUGUCGUGGCUAGGGAGGACCUCUUCAUCACUUCCAAGCUAUGGAACGAUCGGCACGCCAAGAAUGAUGUAGUGCCGGCCCUGAAAGAGUCCCUCGCGAAGCUCAACCUGACAUACUUGGACCUCUACCUGAUUCAUUGGCCCAUCGCACAGUAUGCAAACGGCACAUACUAUGACACAGACUACGUGGAAACCUGGAAGGGUAUGAUCGACGCACAGGUCCUGGGUCUGGCCCGCUCCAUCGGAGUGUCCAACUUCAACAUCACCCAGCUCGACCGGCUCUUCACCAUGACUCCAGUCAAACCAGCUGUACUGCAGGUCGAGGUGAACAUAAACUUGCAGCAGGCGGAGUUGAUCAAGUUUUGCAAGGAGCAUGGUAUUGCGGUGGUGGGGUACACGCCGUUCGGUUCCCUGUUCCACAACAAGGCGGCCCCCGAUGCCCCGCCUCCCAGGACUGACAACCAGACCCUGUUGAAGAUCGCUGACAAGUACCACAAGACCAUCGCACAAGUCAAUUUGAGAUAUCUCGUGGAAUUGGGAGUCAUACCGAUCCCGAAGUCGGUCACGCCGAAGCGUAUUAACGAAAACAUAGAAGUGUUUGAUUUCCAGCUGACGCAAAACGAGAAGGAUUGGAUGAAAGCAUUCGACAAGAACUAUAGGACUAUACCUGUUACCAUGUGGAUAGACUCACCGUACUACCCCUUCCAUAAGAAAUAA